AUGAUUUAUCAGUCGUCAUUAAUCCUUCAGCUAAUAGGAUUUCUACUUUUAUUAAUAGCAGAGGGUCGUAUUGUCUUCGAAAAGCCAGCAAAAUGGAAUAAUGCACCAGGUUGGCCAGCAGUAAAAUUUCGAUUAACAAAACGUGGUGCAGAAUAUAUCAAACUAGUUGGAGUGAAAAUUUUAAAUGAAGAAAUUCCACGAUUAAGUGGAUUUAAAGCGUUGCAUUCAUUCUUUGAGCAUGGUGUAACAGGUGUAGUUCAACUAUACAAUAUUAAUGUGUUACGGUAUUCGCCACCGCAAUAUACCUCACUGGAAUUUGUUUCACCAUCUUUUGUUAUCUUCCAAAUGGAUCGAAUGGACAUCGCUUUAGCUGGCCGAUUUGCUGGGACAGUAGCAUUGAUACCAAUAACCGGUUCCGUAACAGGUGAUUUACGACAAAUGAACGUUCGACUACAAACGAAAUUCAGCAAAGCUGCUAAUGGUUUAAUAGAAGUGAAGGUUGUUGGUUGUUCUACCGUCAUCCAUUACAGUCAUUUUUCUAUAAGUGCUAAUGGUGCAUUAAAUGGUUUCGUUAAAAUGAUUGAGGCACGAAUAAAUGAAGUAAUAAGACAAAAAAUACCGAAUAUUUUUUGUAGUAGUUUGCAAAAAAUUAUCGAAGAUAGCUCACCGUAUCUAUUUCAGCGUUUAGCGUUUACAAAUUUAACAGAUCAUUUUCAUUCUGUUAAUUUGGCUGAUAAUAUGAUUGUAAGCAAACUUUUUCAACGUCUUACAAAAGGCUUAUACAUUGAUAAUCGUAAUAUAAAUGAUCCAAUUAUUACGGAGGAUUAUUUUGAAACACAACAAAGAGGUGAAAUCAAAUAUGAUAAUGAUAAUCGUCCAACUCCGUUCAAUGGUCCAAUUAUGCGUACCGGAAAUGAUUCAUCUAGAAUGUUGUAUUUCUAUGGUUCGGAAUAUCUGUUUAACUCACUUCUCUAUCAUGCUUAUGAAGGCGAUCGUAUGACUGUUGAGAUUGAUGAAAAUACAUUACCACCACAAUAUAAGUCAAUCGUUCGAACUAGUUGUGGUAGUUCGCAAUAUGGUGGCCGAAAUUUUAUAUCAUCUCUUUGCUUGGGUGUAUUAAUACCGGAAAUAUCUAAUCGUUAUCCGAAUGCAACAUCAUCAUUCGUGUUAUUACCACAUCAAGUUCCAGAAUUUCGAUUUACCAAAGAUACAGGUUCUAUUGAUCUGAAAAAUCGUGUAUUAACAUAUAUAAAUGAUGGUCGAAGGAAAAAGCAAAUUAUGGUGAGUACAGUGGAUCUUCAAGCUGAUUUUCGCUUACUUAUUAAAGAUGAAAAAUUUGCUGCAGCAUUGAAAAUUAAUAAAUUUGAUAUAAGUGCAAUUAAAGGACUUACAAGUAGUUCAAUUGCACAACUUGCUCCAUUAGCUAAAACAUUCUUUGGACCUCAACUUGUUAAGAUAUUGAAAAAAGGUGUUCCACUUCCAUUAAAGGAUUUAAUUGAAUUUGUCAAUCCGGAAUUAAUUAUUCAUGAUAAAUUCGUCGAAAUUGCUACCGAUUUUCGUUUAGGGGAACAAAAAUUACGCGAAGAAGUUAAGGAAGCAUUUGCUUCAGUAUUUCAUAGCUGA